UUCCCGCGGUUUUCGCCGCCAUUUUUAACGCCAUUUUUUUCUUCUCUGCACCGGGGAAAGGAGAGCUUCUGAGUCCGAUCUGAACUGCAGCUGGACACGUGAGAGCAUGCCCUGCUCAACAAUGGGCGGCACCGGGCUGUGUUCCAGCGGCGAUGGGCCGUGCACCGGGCUGUGUUCCGGCGGCACCGGGCUGUGUUCCAGCGGCGACGGGCGGCACUGGGCUGUGUUCCAGCGGCGAUGGGCCGUGCACCGGGCUGUGUUCCAGCGGCGACGGGCGGCACUGGGCUGUGUUCCAGCGGCGAUGGGCGGCACUGGGCUGUGUUCCAGCGGCGACGGGCGGCACUGGGCUGUGUUCCAGCGGCGAUGGGCCGUGCACCGGGCUGUGUUCCGGCGGCACCGGGCUGUGUUCCAGCGGCGACGGGCGGCACUGGGCUGUGUUCCAGCGGCGAUGGGCCGUGCACCGGGCUGUGUUCCAGCGGCGACGGGCGGCACUGGGCUGUGUUCCAGCGGCGAUGGGCGGCACUGGGCUGUGUUCCAGCGGCGACGGGCGGCACUGGGCUGUGUUCCAGCGGCGAUGGGCCGUGCACCGGGCUGUGUUCCGGCGGCACCGGGCUGUGUUCCAGCGGCGACGGGCGGCACUGGGCUGUGUUCCAGCGGCGAUGGGCGGCACAGGGCUGUGUUUCAGCGGCGAUGGGCGGCACUGGGCUGUGUUCUAGCGGCGAUGGGCCGUGCACCGGGCUGUGUUUCAGCGGCAAUGGGCGGCACCGGGCUGUGUUUCAGCGGCAAUGGGCGGCACCGGGCUGUGUUUCAGUGGCGAUGGGCCAUGCACCGGGCUGUGUUUCAGCGGCGAUGGGCUGUGUCUCCAUGUUGGUGUUUACUGCGGGACCUUGCUGUCAGCGUGGAGGAUGCAGGCAAAGGCAGGCACAGAGGUGCCACCAUUGACAUGAAGAGAACUUUCAAGACUUACUGGUGCAAAUGGAAUUGGUUCUACAACAUGCUGAAGAGAGGGUGCGCUGAGGAUGGGCCUGAUACCAUCUUGCAGAUGGACGUCUCCCUGGGCAAGCGCUGGUGCUUCCCUGGGCAUUAUGGCCGGGUUGUCAUCAGGCUGCCAGCCCCAGUCCACCCGACUGCCAUUGCUGUGCAGCACGUCACUAAGGAAGGCUCCUUGUCUGUGGCUGCCAGCAGUGCUCCCAGAGACGUGGCUGUCUAUUGCCCUGGCCAGGUGCUUCAAGGGCUCAAGAGGUUUCACCCCUCUCAAGACUUACUCUGGCCAAAGCCCCUCAGGGUUCUUGACAAAAGCUCAAGGCAGAGACUGAGCUCGUCCUCAGCCAGCACUAGGCUGUGGCUGCUUCCCAGGAGAGGCCAGGGACUGGGUGCUGAUGGAGAUGAGGAAGCCUGGCACACGUAUGAUGUGGAAAAAGAGGACAUUCAGGCCUUCCAUCUGAAGAACACGCUGCACCCCAGAGCCUUUUCUUACAUCAAAGUUCUUAUACUGAACAAUUGGGGAAACUCAGAGUAUAUCUGCACUUCUCGAGUGUGGGUUCACGGAAAGAUGGCAAAACCGGAGAGCCCGUUGUGAAAGCAGAGAGUGAAAAUGUUGUUGGGUUUGGGGGAGACAUUUUUUCUUUUUUGAUGGUCUGCAGUAGUCCCUAGUGGUUGUUGAAAAGGUGUCUUGCAGGUGUCUUGAGCCCUUUCCAUGAACUCUCAGUUCCUUUUUCCCUGUAUGGUCUUUGUCGUAGGUCCUCUGUUUGUGGAGCUCUCGGGUUUCUUAUCUUGGUCUUGCUGGGUCACCUGCACACCCUUCCCCUGGCUCUGAGUUGGGCCCCCCUCCGUCUCAGGCUGGGCCAACCUGGCACCUCUGCGACUACUGUGUGAGAAGGGAAAUGUGCAACCCCUGCAAAGCACGGAGUGUGCCAGUGGCUCUGAAACGCCCUCACAGCCCCGGGAGGGCCCCACAGCGGCCCUGCGCCGCGUGUGGAGGCUGCUGGAGCCGGCCGUGCUGGGCCGGGGGCCGGCCGCGGAGCAGACCCACGCGGGAGCCGGCUCUGAGGCGCUGCAGCCCUCGGGACGGACACGCGUCUGUCUGACGUGUGAGGAGCCUGGCGCUGGGGCAGGGGAACUGCGAGGAGCCCCCUGCGCGGAGGUGAGACAAGAGGCAGGAGCCAUCGGGGAAGGACUGACUGAAACCCCCUUUCCCUGUCCCCCUGUGCUGCUGAGGGCAGGGGGAAGCAGAGCUACUGGGACCAGGAAGAGGGGAUGGAUGGGGAAAAGAUGGUCCGAUGGGCCUGAUCCUACUCUUCCUCAUAUUCCUACUUUGUUUUGCGUCUGUUAAUUAUUUUUUGGUUGAUGGCUGAUUAAAUAAAUCUUCAUUUUCUUCCCCGA